AUGUUUUUGACGAAUCAGUGCGAUGAAACUCGUCCGGCAUGCCGUCUCUGCACCGUCUCUGGUCGUAACUGCAGCUUCACAUCCCAAGCACUAACCCAGAACCCCUUGAGCUCUUCUCAAGAUGAACGGCCAAAAAGUCCAGUCGACAGUCCAAGUUCGUCAUCCGGUGUUACUCCAGCACCUGAAGUCACUCCCAUAGCCCCAAACUCCGACGACAUCAUCAACCUGGCCCAUAUGGAACUUCUAAUCCACUUAACAGCCGACAAGGGCGUGUUCAACCUCGGCGAUGACCUCCAAGGCACCUUCUCAACCCUGUCCAUUGCUCUUAAGACGGGUCUAGAAGCUCCAUAUCUAUUAUAUCAGCUGCUAGCCUUUUCAGCCCGCCAUCUAGCCUUUCUCAAUCCAGAUCGCGCCCCUCACUACCUCCACCAAGCUGUCACCCUCCAGACCCGCGCCGUAUCCCUCUUCAACACCACCAGACCAGAAGUGAACCGCUCCAACUGCGUGGCAAUCCUCCUCUUCUCGGUGGCUCUUGGUCAUCACCUUCUGGCCGACUCUCUUUGCAGGCGGGAACCAGGGGGCUUGGAAGGCUUCCUGGCUCAUUACGUGCAGUGUAUAGAGAUGAACCGUAGUAUCUAUACUAUCGUUCGUGCUGCAUGGCCAUUGCUGUUGGAGUCAGAGCUGGAACCGAUCCUUUCAUGGAGCUCCGGCAACACUUCACAGCCUCCGAGAGGCAAUCACUGCCAACGCAUCAAGGAGCUGAUAGAAAAAGCAGAAGGUCUAAGCCAGGAGGAGAGGGAAGCCUGUCUAACAGCGAUCAACUACCUACAGCUCGGGUUCGACGCCUUGCCUGAUGGGGCAAACCGGUUUGGGAUGAUAUUCACAUGGACGAUGCUUGCACCGCCAGAGUUCACGAACCUGUUGGCAAUCAGGAGACCCGAGGUUCUAAUCCUUCUGGGCUAUUACGCUUUGUUGUUACAUUAUGGAAGAAGCAUGUGGCAGGUUGGCGAUGCUGGAGUUUACAUAUUAGGUCUCAUCGAGGAGUAUCUCGGGUCCGAGUGGCAUGAGUGGCUUGAAUACCCACGAUCAGCUAUAAUGAAAGACCUCGAAUAG